GUAUUGGUUAAUUAUUCUUGCUGUCAGUAACACCCUCUGGCUCUCUGAGUGGCUGAGAGCUCCAGAGGGUGUUGCCGACGUAAUGUUAUUGUUGAUUGGCCGAGGGACUGACGUCAGCUGUUGCUGUCUCGUCCCUGGCCGGUGAUUGGUUUAAAAAUAGUAUAAAUACCUUGGCGCGAGUUUUCGUUCUUUGAAUCGCCUGCACUGAAUAAAGAGUUCUGUUAAGUUGAAACCCUGGCUUCGCGUCGUCCCUCCGUCAAUACAUAAAACUGGCGACGAGGGUGGGAUCCGGCGAUUCCACGCAAGCCUAGGUUAAGAACAGAGAAAUUAUUUCAGCUAGCUGCUGUAAGUCGCUGUCCGCGCCAGCACCGAACGCUGAGGGAAAAAUUUCCUGUCACGAUCUCAGUCACUCCGCUCCUCACAAGUGAGCUUAAUCAAUAUGAAUCCAUUACCGCCUUUCGCUCCUUUCGGCUCCGCCGGUGAAUCCUGGGAAGGAUUCAUGGAGCGCUUUGAAACUUAUUUAAUCGCUACCAAAAAUCAGGCUCAAACGGAUGAGGAGAAGUGCAGCUUCUUUUUAUCAUGCUGCGAACCCUCAAUGUUUGCCUCAGCCCGAGCUAUGGCUGCUCCCAGACCCGCAUACAAAUUGGGCUGGGACAACUUGAUGGCGAAAUUGAAGGGGCACUAUGCCCCAACACCGUCCAAAAUUGCCCGCAGCUUCGCGUUCAGGAGACGAGUACAGAAGCCGGGGGAGACUAUCAGUCAAUUUUUGGAAGCGCUGCGCACUGUGGCGGCCCAGUGCGAUUUUUCGAACCUAGAAGAAAAUCUAGUCGAACAGUUUGUGUGCGGAGUGCGGGAUGUACACUUAAGAAGCCGCAUGUUCCGCCAUCACGACAUUACACUUCUCCAGGCAGUCGAGAUCGCCAGAGCAGCUGAGCUCUCUGAGCAAUCAACAGCAGAUUUGGAGAGGCUACAGCUGUCAACUAACCCGGCACCGGCCUCACAAGUGCAUGACAUUGACUAUGAUGAUUUUACACCUUGUGAGGUCCGGGAGCAAGACAACAUCGACCAAGUCCGUGCCCAACCACGGCGGAAGCCACCUGCUCUAUCUACAGCCGCACCGCAAAACGCCAGGGUGCCUUGCCUUAGCUGCGGAGGCCGCCACGACCGCCAAACCUGCCAAUUCAAAAACGCAAUCUGCCGCCGUUGUCAGAGGCAGGGGCACCUCGCCCAAGUGUGCCGAGCCUCUUUGCCGGCCCCUGCCUUCUUCCAAGCUACUGAGAGAACCAAGCAGCAACAGCGCCGCCAGCAGCCCACGAAACCAGCUCGCAGAGGAGAUGACUGCCACACUGUUUCCGAACCGCAGGAAGUGGAGACUUCCAUCAAUCAGGCCUCUUCAGGCAACCGAAAAAUUACAGCCAAUGUCCACCUGGCAGGUCAGCCUUGCCAGAUGGAGGUGGACUCUGGCUCCUCCCGAUCGUUAUUGUCAUGGGACAUGUUCUCCUAUCUCUGCCCUACAGUUUCCCAAAAUAAGUUAGCCCCCUCCCGGGUACUCUUAAGGGAUUACCAAGGAAAGUUGAUCCCUGUUCUGGGAUCCUUUCCUAUUCCCGUUAGGUAUGGCAAGUUUGAGGGAGAGCUGCCAAUCAUCAUUGUUAAAAAUGAUUUGCCGGCUCUUCUUGGCCUUGACUGGUUUGAGGCACUGGGACUGUCCAUUGGGGGGGUACACCAAGUAAAAACUUCAACAAUUGAGGACGUCCUACAGGAGUUCUCUGAUGUGUUUGAUGGACAGCUUGGGUGUUAUAAGGGAACCCCCAUCUCCCUUAGCUUAGAUCCUCAGAUUGCUCCUAUUAGGCUGAAAGCCCGCAGGGUGCCUUUUGCCUUAAGGGCCAAGGUUGACGCCGAACUUGACAAAUUGUUGGCGCAGGGUGUCAUCGAGCCAGUCGAUCAUGCUCCAUGGGAGACACCCAUAGUUCUUCCGGUCAAGCCGGAUGGCUCGGUGAGAAUCUGCGCCGACUACAAGUCGACGAUCAACUUGGCCCUUCAGGCAAACCCCUAUCCAGUCCCUGUAGUGCAACACCUGCUCCAUUCCCUGGGGCAGGGUUGCAUAUUUGCCAAACUGGAUAUGGCGCAAGCCUAUCAACAGCUCCCGGUGGAUGACGAUGCGGCGGCUGCCCAGACCAUCGUCACCCAUCGUGGGGCUUUUCGUUGUCGCCGCCUACAAUUCGGCGUAUCCGUGGCCCCGGGGAUCUUCCAAAGUCUCAUGGAGCGCCUGCUCCAUGGACUUCCGGGGGUAGUUCCAUAUUUCGAUGACGUUCUGAUCGCUGCUACGAGCCGCUCAGAACUCAUCGAAGUAUUAAGGAAGGUCCUCUGUCGUUUCAGGGGCGCGGGAUUAAAAUUAAAAAGCAGCAAAUGCUCAUUUGCUGUCCCUAGGGUAGAAUUCUUGGGCUUCUUAAUAGAUGCCCAAGGCAUUCACCCUACACCCUCUAAAAUUGCCGCCAUUAAGAACGCCCCUGCUCCCACCUCCAGGGCGGAGCUACAGGCGUUCCUAGGGCUGCUCAAUUUUUACGCCCCCUUCAUUCCUCACAAGGCGUCACUAGCCGAGCCGCUGCAUCGGUUGCUCGACCGAUCCGCGGCCUGGCGCUGGGGAACACUGACGUCAUCGGCAGUCCUCAUUCAAUAUCAUGAUGGGAUGCCUCUGACGUUGGCGUGUGACGCCUCCCCAUUCGGAGUAGGGGCUGUCCUGAGCCAUAUCCUCCCUAAUGGCUCAGAAGCCCCUGUGGCCUUUUAUUCCCGGACACUCUCCUCGGCGGAGCGCAAUUACAGUCAGAUCGACAAGGAGGCUCUGGCUGCAGUGUCCGGGAUUAAGAGGUUCCACGACUACCUCUACGGUCGGCACUUUACCCUUGUCACCGACCAUAAGCCACUCCUUGGGCUUUUGGCGGGGGACAAGCCGACCCCCUCCAUCCUAUCUCCCCGCAUGACUCGCUGGACGGAGUUCCUCGCAGCGUAUUCUUAUACGCUGCUGUACCGUCCGGGCAAACAGUUAGGGCAUGCAGAUGCAAGAGGAUGGCCAACGGACAAAGUGGCAGAGGGCUUCCAGCCCUUUAAACAUCGCCAGGCGGAGAUCUCCCUCCACGGGGGAUGUCUCAUCUGGGGGGAUCGGGUGCUGAUCCCCACCGCACUCCGGCCACUAGUUCUGGAUCUGUUCCACAAGGACCACCCGGGCAUAGCACGGAUGAAGGCAUUGGCCCGUAGCUAUGUCUGGUGGCCCUUGCUGGACACAGAGAUAGCGGCCCAUGUAGGCCGCUGCACGACCUGUCAAUUAUCCAGGCCCAACCCCCCAGCCGGGCCUGCUCGUGAGUGGGAGGCUCCGAGAGGCCCAUGGUCUCGCCUCCACAUCGAUUUCGCCGGUCCUUUCCACGGCCAGAAUUUCCUAGUAGUGGUGGAUGCCUACUCUCGGUGGGUGGAGCUAGUCCUCAUGGGCUCUACCACAGCCGAGAGUACGGUCAGGGCCCUGCGGAAAAUGUUCGCAACCCAUGGGUUGCCGGACGUGGUGGUCUCGGACAAUGGGCCCCAGUUCACAUCCACCACUUUCCAGGAGUUUUUGGCCGAGCAAGGGAUCCGGCAUGCGCCCAUAGCCCCGUAUCACCCGGCCAGCAAUGGCCGGGCA